ACUUCGUUCCCGGAUGGACUUGUGCAGCUGAUCGGCGGCGAGGCUCCCCUGACCCGGGUGCCUGCGAGUUGUACCCGAACAGGGGCGAGCGUCGGGGGGCAGUUCCCACGUGCCCAGCUGGAGAUCCUUCAGCCUCCGAGCGCUUUUUGCAGCCCCCCAACCCUUCGCAGGAAGUCGCCCCUCCGCACCGCGCCUCUUUCCAGGCAGUUCACCGUCCCACCGUGGAUGCAGCCCUCUUUCCCCGGAGCUGCUAAGGUAGACCGAUUCUUUCCCGCAUGGCUGGGACUCCGAAGCUGACAGCAGAGAAGGUGGGCUGUAUUGUCCUCGUGUCACACUCACCUGGUGCCUCCGCCGAGGCGGUCAGUCCUUCGCCCCAGGGCCCCUGGAGUGGCAGUGGCAUCGUCUUGGCUCAGCACCCGGGCAUCGUCCUCUGCCAUGGGCUCAUCUUCUCCCCUUUCCUUCUGGAAUCCGAGCAGCGACACUGGUCCCAGCGCGAGGUCCUGCUGCCAGAAUCUUUCUCCCCAGACCUCCAACUCCAGGUGCUCCGUCCGAAUGACUGCAACAGGAAAGCUCUUGGCAGGAGUUGGCCCAGGAGGGACUUGGGAGACAGUGCCCCAGCUUUGAGCUUUAACCCGCUUUCGAUUCAGCAUGAGACAUCCAGCAGCCUAAACUGCCACGAGGCUGAGCUCAUCAUGAUGGUGCCCUGUUUGCAGUUCCAGGAUGCAUUCUCCAAACUCUUCAGUGCUUCUGAUCAAUGGCAUUUUGAGGGGAAUGACGUUGGACAGGAUGACUUGCCUUUCCUCCACUGUUUUGCCCUGCUGAGGAUCUUGGAUAGCGAUUUCCGCAGCACAGGCCCUGUGAGCUGCAUGUCUGCCAAGCUGCUGCAGAAGGGGGACCCGGUCUUUACCUGUGGCUCUCCUUUUGGAUCAUUUUGCCCAGAUAUUUUCUUGAACACGCUCAGCAAAGGGAUUGUGAGCAACAUGUCUGGAGAAGGCAAUGCUCUAAUCCUGACUGAUGCACGCUGCUUGCCUGGCACUGAAGGUGGGGGUGUCUUUGCAACUGUGGGAGCUGGUUUCCACCUCGUAGGGAUCAUCGUAGCUCCGCUUUGCUGGAAAUCAAAUGAAUGGGUUGGCUUAACUCUGGUCUGUGCCAUCGACCACAUUCUUGAGAGUAUCAGGAGUGUCCUUUCAGGGCUUUGCUGGUGUCCAGAAGCCUGGUCAGACCCCAUGGAACUUGUGACUAAGGCUCAUGGAAUGACGGUAGCCAGAGAAGGGCCAGAUCAGCCAAUGCUGGCUGCUGUGGUUCUGGUUGAAUGUGGCCCGAUCUGGGGGUCUGGCAUCAUUGUCAAUCCAAGGCUUGUCUUGACCUGUCAGCAUGUGGUUGCUGGAGCGUCUACUGUCAGAGUGCGGUCACAGCCUGGCCCAGAAAAAGCUUCUGUAGCUAAAGGAAAAGUGGUGUUCACUACCAAGGAUUCUUCUUCCUAUGAUGUAGCCCUGGUAGAAUUAGAGGAAAGCUUACCCACAUUUGCAAAGCCUGUUCUAGCAUCUGAGUUUUGUACAGGAGAAGAUGUGUUUGUUGUUGGUUUCGGGGUCUUUGGACAAGCCUGCGGCCCGUCAGUAACCUCUGGGAUUCUGUCGGCUGUGAUCCGUGUGGAGGGUGAGCCUGUGAUGCUUCAGACCACCUGUGCAGUUCAGGGGGGCUCAAGCGGGGGAGCCCUCUUUGCCACAUCCAGUGGAAAACUUCUAGGCAUCGUUACCAGCAACACGAGGGAUAACAGCAUCGGAGUGACAUACCCCCACCUGAACUUCAGCAUUCCCAUUACGAUCCUGCAGCCGGCUAUCUUGGAAUAUAUCCAUGAAAGAAGCCUGUGUGGCUUCCGGGAACUAGACCAGCUGGGUGACAAGGUCCAGAUUGACGGGAAGUGCCAAAGAGACGCUGUGGAGGUACCACUCAGCAAGCUCUGAGGGUCUUCAGAGGAAACGUUCAGUGCUCACACACCCUGAAUAAGCCGUGGUUGGGGCUGAGGUGAGAGGCUUGCAACCCACCAUCAUUUAGGGCUGGGAGUUAGGAGUGGACCUGGAUUUCAUUAGGAGGCCUGGCUUCACCUGAAUUUCUGCAGGGCAGGUCCAAUCCUUAUUCUGUUUGAAGCAGAAGAACAAACAGCACCCUUCCCAUCUACACCAGCAUCCAUUAUAUCCAAAUGAUUCUGGCACUGGAGGCAGGAAAAUCUCAUAAGCACCUUCCCUCUGACAGUAAAAAUAGAACAAUAACUGUACAUAUAAUAAUUAACUACCCUGAAUUGACCACCCCACUCUGCCUAAUAGUAAAACUAGCCCUACCUGGCUGGGCUCCCCCCCCCCCACCCACUCUUACCUAAGCCUCAAGAUGUUUCCUCUUCCCAUAAAGAAUUCUGCCUGUUCUCCAUUGUGGCCCCCUAUGCACGGAACUUUCUGUUGUUCAUCUCAUCAAGUACCUCUUCAGAAUCCACUGUUUUUCCCAGUGAAGCAUUUGGCUUUAUCCCUUAACCUUCUCACUCCCGUAAAAUCAGUCCAUUGCUUUGUACACCCAUCUUCUGGCAGCCCUGGAGUUCCCUUCUCUCCCUUUUUUGCCCUCCUGCACAGUGUAAAUUUAGAUGAUGUCCUCGAGGCAAGGACCUGUCCAUUUCUUGCUUACGGUGCUAUAUAAAUAAGUAAUAACAUCAUGGAGGUGACUUGACAUUUUUCACCAGUUGGGCUGUGCGCAGAGUCUCCUGUGGCCACCAGAUGGUGCUGUCGCCAUUCUGAACAAGUACAUCCAUUGCAAUGGGCAGCUUUUGAAUUUAAUGGCAUUGCUUCGUCUUUCACUUCAGCCUUGAGGUGCACUGAGUGCACUUGAAUCCAGAAAAGUGGCUGACAAAAGUGGACACAAUCGCUGGUGUCUCUGAACUUAUGCUCUGCCCAUGAAUUUGUGUUCACAACUACAGAAGCGUAAUGUUCACAGAGAUUUUUUUACACAAUCAAUCCCUGUUUUCCACCAGAUGUUCUUGGAUUUUACUAUCUUAAUUCCUACUCCAAAUGUUCUUUGUUUUUACUAUCUUAAUUUUACUAUUUUAGGCCUACUUUUACCAUCUUAAUUUAGGACAAAAAUGUAUUUUGUUGUCACCUUUAUUAAACCAGUGGUUAUCAGUAAUGGUUGCAAUUCAAAUUCAAAUUUCCUGGAGGUCUACCAGCAAAAGAAAGGUGAUCUUUCUGCCUGUACAGAACUAGUACUCAAGAAGAGGUCACUUCUACUUCAUUUUGUUGCAUUUUAAUGGGGUUUCAAUCAGUAAUUUUCAUGCAUAAUGGAUAUCUGGUUUACCAAAUGGAAUUACAACUUGUUUCAGCCACUGACUUCUGCUGACUCUGUGUUGGAUCAUUUAAUGGUCAGGUCUGACCAUUUCUCUGUGCAGGUCUGAACUCUGUUGAUAACAGCCUUCUGAAUCCUGAUCCCAUCUCAUCUCUUAGUUGCAAGUAUGGUGGUGCUUUUAAAGACCUUAUGCAGGGAUCCUUUUCCACUAGGGCCUUUCAGUGCAGUUUAAGCAAAAAUGGCACAGAUCUACCUUCCAUACGCAUUGAUGAUAUCCUCUCUCCUCGUACGGCUCAGGAGUAAUCCUAAGGUGCUCAUAAAGCCUUUUCAAAGGGCAAAGGAAAGUGCGAGGUUGCCUUUCGCUUCUCGGCCACAUACUCUUAAGGUGCAAUCCUGUGCAAGCUCAGACAGGAGAAGUGUCUGAACUUACAUACCAUUUAUUCUAAUUCUGUUCAUGUAGGGUUUUCUUAAAGAUAAAAUGAAUUAGUCCUGUUUUGCUUGCAGUGCUGUCUGGUCUAUGCAUUCCCUUUGACAAGGCAAGGAGAAGUCAUUUCAAUGAGAAACAUGUACUGUUACUUCUGUGUGAGCCUCUUCCUGCUUUCCUGUUUUAUGCCUGUACAAUACCAAACUGCAAAAUGUUGUGAAUCAAAUGUUACUGCUCCAGUAAUUAAGAAGGUGUAUUUCUCCUGUAUUGUGAUUGUACACAGCUUGUGGGGUAGAAAUGGUGAUGGUUUGCCAAAGUUCUAACACAGCUGUUCCCCAUCAUCCCCUUUCCAGAUAACUUGGACUACAACUCCCAGCAUUCCUGCCUAUGCUAGCUGGGACUGAUGGGAGUAGGAGUCCAAAAAUAUCUGGAGGGUAUCAGGUUAGGGUCAAUCAUUCUAUUCAUGCUACUUUCUUAAUUGCAACAGGACAGGGUAUGAGAAAAAAUUAUUCUAAUAGUUUGCUGGCUAUGAAGAUUGUCUGUUUUUGUAACCUGUAGGGAAAGGCCAUAGCCAAAGCAGUAAACACACUUUUCAUGUGGACAGACAGAAAUUGAAUUUCUGGUUGGUGGCAGCAUAGACGAAUAUAUGACAUAACUGUGUACUCAUAGAAUCCAUUGGUUCCGAAAUGAAGAUUAACAAGGUUUUAGGAAUGGACGAUAGUGUGUGUGUGUGUGUGUGUGUGUGUGUACACAGUAUCCGCUUAUUUCCUGGCCUUCCAGAGUUGUGACAAAUGUCCAAAAGGAGCACAUGACUCUUAGAAGAAAAUGAAGACUUCUUGAGAGCCAAAAAUAUCUCUGGCUGUAGAACUUCUAGCCAUUGCACAAAGGAGAGAUGAUCUUGGGUGUUUAAAAAAAUGAUACAAUUAAGGGUCAGUUGUGAGUCCUUAGCUGAAUAUAACUUGACUUCUCCUCCUCAGCAGACGCGGUAUGAUCAGGUGGGGUGCCUGCAUUUUCUGCUCCCAUCAAUCGCGUGUGGGAUUGUUCCUUAUCCCUGCAAUGGAUCUGUUGUUCAGCCACUUCUCCCACCAGCCAACAUAGCCUUUGGUGAGGGAUUAUAGGAGCUGCAACCCAACAACAUCCUGAAGUCCGCACAUUCCACAUCCCUGUUCAAUACAGGCGUUGGUGUCCUGAAACUUACAACUUUAAUUCUGAAAAAAGUCUCUGGCUCUUAAGAUUGCAGAAACAGGCUUGCAGUAUUCACGUAUUCAAUCGUUUGGUGAAAUGAUUAAAAUGAGGUGAUGUUUUCAGUUUUUCUCGCAGUUCGUAUCGAGUGCCUUGCUCAAUUUUUGCUUUUCUCUGUUCCACUCUUGAUUUUACUUCCAUACAAUUAGCACAUGCAGAAUAAAAUAUGAAAAAUAAAAACACGCAUACAGAGA